AUCAUAAUCGAAAUCCAAUUGAUAGAAAUUGUCCUUAUAAAAAGGGCAUCCCCCAACACAAACAUCUCAUCUCAAAGCUAGGGUUUUCACUAUUAACCUCCUCCUAUACACACAAAUCUCCUGUUUCUUCAUCGCUGCAAUCAACUACCCACCAUGGCCUCUGAAUCGAAGAUGAUCAUGUUGAAGAGUUCCGACAACGAGAAUUUCGAGGUCGAGGAGGCUGUGGCCGUCGAAUCUCAGACCAUCAAACACAUGAUUGAGGAUGACUGUGCCAACACGACCAUCCCUCUUCCCAACGUUAGCAGCAAGAUCUUGGCCAAGGUUAUUGAGUACUGUAAGAAGCACGUCGAGUCUCCUAAGACCGAUGAGGUUAACAAGACUGUUGAGGAUGAACUCAAGACUUUUGAUGCUGAGUUUGUGAAGGUUGAUCAGGCCACUUUGUUUGAUCUCAUUCUGGCUGCAAACUAUCUCAAUAUCAAGAGCCUCUUGGACUUGACUUGUCAGACUGUGGCUGAUAUGAUCAAGGGGAAGACUCCGGAGGAGAUUAGGAAGACUUUCAACAUCAAGAAUGACUUCACCCCAGAGGAGGAAGAGGAGGUUCGCAGGGAGAAUGCUUGGGCCUUUGAGUGAACGUUCCUAAGAAGACUGCUGAUAUGUCAAUAUGUCUUAGAAAUUAUGAUUUUAGCUACUACUUAUCUGCAUUAGCUUGUUUAUGUAUAUGGGAUUUGGUUAACCUUGGCCACGUAAGAUGAUUGUGCUUUUGCUAAGACAAUGAUUGUUCCUUUUGCUCUGACAAUUUCUAAGUAUCCUUCUGGUUCUUCUGAAUAUGAUAAAUAUGUGUUGAUCUUUUUUAUAUACAA